GAAGUUUGGUGAUCACAUGAUCGUGUGUGGGGUAGAGGUGUGCGUGCGCGCGCUGCCCCUCAUCAUUACACGCGCUGCGCUACUCCACUGUAAUUUAAACGGUUAUGGCUGAAGUGUGGACACAUUCUUAACACAAUUUAGAGAUAUGAUGAAUGCAUCCACUAUGGCACGGAGCAUCUUGAUGACCACGAAUGAGAGUAUGAAUGUGACCUGUGAAAUAUCUUAUGAAGAUGACCGCGUUCCUCUUAUGGUCCUCUACAUUGUGGUUUUUAUCAUCGGCUUGCCAGCCAACCUGGCCACGGUCUACCUCACCCUCCACCAGGUGUGUCGUAACAACGUCCUCGGCAUCUACCUGCUCAGUCUGUCCGUGUGUGACCUCACCUACCUCUUCACGCUGCCUUUAUGGACGGUGUACGUCAGUAGAAACCACGAGUGGCCCUGGAGCUCCAUGGCCUGCAGAGUGACUGGCUUCGUGUUCUUCAACAACAUGUACAUCAGCAUCUUCCUGCUGUGCUGCGUGUCUAUAGACCGCUAUGUGGCAGUGGUCUAUGCCAUUGAGUCUCGCGGCCUUCGCCAGAAAAGGGUCGCAGCUCUUGUGGCGUUUUCGACCUACAUGAUGGUGGGCUUGGCUCACGUGCCCGUCUUCAUCAUGUCCGAAGGCAAUGCUGCCGAAGGAAAUCGCCGUUGCUUUGAGCCCAGCCAGGGAUCAGCGAUAGUAAUGGGAUUCAGCUUCGCUCGCGUUUGCAUUGGCUUCUUCAUCCCCCUCGCCAUCCUGAUCUUCACCAAUAGAGCCAUUCUUGCCAACGUUCAGGCCAGCACGGGCCUCAAUCCUCAUCAGAAAGAGAAGGUGCGCUACCUGGCGGUGACUGUGGUGGCGUUGUUUUUGAUCUGUUUUGCUCCAUACCACAUUAUCUUGCUGCUGCGCGCCAUCAACUUCCACUUCUCCAAGCUGCAUGAGGAUUGUUACUUUAAACAGCACAUCUACAUGGCCUACAAAAUCUCUUUAGGAUUGUCGACAUUCAACAGCGCCUUCAACCCCAUUCUCUACGUGUUCUCCAGCAACAAUAUCCGUCAGGAGAUCAGAAAAAGCAUGGCGUCACUGUGCAACAAAGUCAGCUUGAGUCGGCGCUCCACGCACAGCAGCCAGCACAACAUGCACAGCUCUAAAAGCAAUUCAGACCCCGUCCCAACAAAGGAUGGUCAAAUGAGUACAACUUGUCCCUCUGCAAGCUAAGAUGCAUUGGAUAUUUUUUGCUUAUGACUUUGAAUAAAGACUAAUCAAAGUUGUUGAAUGAUCAACACAACAACAGCUCGAAGUUCGACAGAUCUUGCAAUAAACAACAAAAAAGUGAAUUUCCUGUUUUCAUUAUGAUCACUUCACACCUCCGAAUCUACUUCCGUCACAUAAUGUUUCUAUAACACCCAGUCUGAGCUGCAGCUUCAGAAUACCUUGGACUCCUAUCUACAGAGCAUUUUCUCAAGAUUGUGUUGAUAAGCACAAACUCAACAGACAGGAAGAGGAAAUCUGACCCACUUUUAAAAUGAUUCACUUCACGUUUUGUUUUUGCAUGGCUUUUGUCUAAAAUCAGUCAUACCAAAAUAACUGUCACUGUGCAUGAAAGAAGUUCACAAAACAAAAUAUAAGAUGAGAUUGAGGAUAAUUCUCAGAAUCUCUCCCCAGAACUUCAGACAUAAUGUGGGAUCACAUUCUAUUUACUUGCUUCUAAGUGCCUCAGAACUGAUCUCAGAUUAAGUUCUACAAACAGGGUUCCCUCGCUUCUUGAUAGUACUUCAAUAUCAGACACAUGAAUUCAAGGCCUGGAAAGUACUUGAAAGCAAAUACAAGUCCUUGAAAGUGCUUGAAUUAAAUUUGUUUAGUAGAAGGGUGCUAUUUCCAAAAAUAGUCCUAUAUGCGCUGUCAAAGUCAAAAUGAAACAGCGCUAAUGAUUUGGGGUUGAGAUGGGGUUAUCACGAGACAAAAACUGCACUGGAUUAACCUAUGGAGAUGCAGUGUAUUUGUUACUGAAAACUACUGCAUGCGACUAUGAAAAAAAAUUUUUUAGGAGCACCAGCGACUGACCCGAUCAGCAUAUUUGUGUUUGCACACAGGGGAGCUUCAAAGGUUUUUAACUUAUUUACAAUGUGUUUUUGCUGCAUUGCAUCUGUAAUGCAUCACAGACAAAUCUAUUGAUUCGUUGAACACAGUGUUAAUCAAAUUCCACUCACUGCUCAAACACCUGAGUUUUUAAACAAAUCUGAAUCAAUUACCCAUUCAUAAAGCCAAUCACUUGUUUCAUUCCUGAAUGAAUUAGUCAUUUGAACAAAUCAAUUAAAUUAAUGAUUCAGCGAUACACUCAAUCAUUCGCUGCCAUCUACUGGCAGUUUUACUUAAAAAAAAAUUUUUUGACAUAAAAGAUUACAUACUUUUAAUAAAGUUAGAAAAACUAAAUUUCCUGUAAAUAACUUUGAGUCAAAUAUCAUCUCGUAAUGGGAAGGCUAAUAUUUGAUCAGGAUUUUUGAUUAUCGAUUAGAAGGUGCUCCUGAAAUUUUUGACUGUUAUUCACAUUUUUUCACAUUUUCAAAGAAAAGUAAAUGUUAGAGCGCUGUUUAACCCCUUUUUAUUAAUUAAUCAUUCAAAUUUGCUGGUGUGUAAAUAUUAAUAGGUGCUUGAUUAUAAAAUAAAUGGUGCAUUAAAAAGUCCUUGGAUCUGGUGUUCAUGAAAGAGUGGGAACCUUUAUUGUAGUGGCUUACUUUGUAAACAUGAUUUCUGAUUCCAAAUGUGUAGCUGCAAUCUCAUACGGUGUAUCAAGCCAGCCAAUCAGAUUGGAGCUUGCUGUUUCAAAUUGUCAGAAACUUUUUUGCUAAAUUUGUACUCUUGGGGGUACAAUGGUUUUUCAAUGGGACAGAACCCUCAAAAGGAUACCUUUGUACCAUACUUGUGCUAACAUGCACCCUUCAGGGGUGUGCAGUAAAUUGUGCAGUAUCUUAGAGUAGUAGUUUGCCUCAUUGACAAAACAUUAUAUUCCUAAAGGUACAAUAUAUAUAUAUAUAUAUAUCUUAUAUAAAAUAAAAUAUAUCUUUUCUCAGAGAGUGUGGCAAGUGAUUGCCUUUUGUGUGCAAUAAAGCUUCAAAUGGUGGAUGGUGUGUUGCCUAAUGUCUGAGUUUCAAGUGACAUACAGCCUCACUUUUUUAUGUUCUCACAUAAUAAACAGUAAUACAGAUUCAGUGUUUUGUUUUGUAAAUUGAAUGUCAGUGUUAAACUGCAUACCGUUUAGUGAUGACUGUUCUUUGGCAAGUUUUUAUGUACAAACAAUAUUUCCUUAAAUUAUUUGUUAGUGUGUGUGUUUUUAUAAGAUUUUAUAAGGGAUGUGUUUUGCAUUAUGAUUAUUUUUGUUUUAAUGUUGUUUUAAUGUUAUUUUAAUGAAUUUCAAUGCCUUUAUUCUUUAUAGGUGGAUCACUCCUAUUUUCCUAUUUUGAUUGUCCCAUUUGUACUAUUUUCCCAGAUUUAAUUUGUAAACAAGACAAGUUUAGCAGUCAAGCUUUUCUCAUAAAGUCACCAGUAUUGAUAAUUUGCAGAUAAUGCUACUCUUUUAAGAAACUAUAAAUAAACUGAAGCGACAUUACAAGAGAAGCACAACAUUUUUCCUGUGAACUUGGCAUGGCACUAAUUAUGGUUUUAAGAGUAUGAUACUAAAAUGAGUAAAUACAAUAUUUCAACAGAUACUGCAUUAUGAUUCAGCAUUACAUAUGGAUUGGUUUCGGAGGUCUGAUGAUUAAAAUUUGGUUCGCUGAAAACGGUCUCUGAUGUGUUGAACUAUGUGUGUGCUCUUAAUUAUGAGAUAUAUGUGUAUAAAUAAGAAGAAAAGAAAAAGGCUGACUACUGUAAAUCUAUUUCUGAUUACAUGUUAAGCCAGUGCAGCAGUUUAGCAUCCUUCCUCCUUCACACUUCUGAGUUUCAGCUUUGAAAUCGCAGGAAUAAAUUACAUUUUAAAAUAUAUUCAAUUAGAAAACAGUUAUUUUAAAUAUUGUAAAUUUUUCACAAAAUAACUGUUUUUGCUGUAUUUUGGAUCAAAUAAAUGCAGGCUCGGUGAGCAGAAGAGAAUUCUUAAAAAAA